AUGGAGGGGAGCGAGCAGGACGGAGCGAGGCGAGGGGCCAAGCGGGCCGAGGCGGAGGGAGAGGAAGGGGAAGCCGGGCGCGAUGGCGGAAGUGAAGAGCGGCGGCCGGCGAAGGGGCGUUUCAGGCCCGGCCUGGGCUUGCAGCUUGGUAUGGAGAGCCAAAGAACGUCCGUCCUCCAUAGGGUGGUCAGUUUUGCCCCUGAUCCUCUCCCUGCCAGGCAGUAUGACAGACAUACCACUGAGCCAAUCAGCUUCUACCUCUCGGGCUUGGAGGAGCUACUGUCUUGGAAAUCCACCACUGAUGAUGCUUUCAACGUAUCUAUUGAGCCCUUAGCUAAACGGCAGCCUCCGCUUGACAGCAACAGGCCCCGCACGCUGGUGUGCCAUGAUAUGAAGGGUGGUUACCUUGAAGACAGGUUCAUCCAGGGGUCAGAGGUCUGUGACCCUUUUGUAUUCUACCACUGGUGCUACAUUGACAUCUUUGUAUACUUCAGCCAUCACACAGUUACCAUUCCACCAGUGGUGUGGACCAAUGCUGCUCAUCGCAAUGGUGUCCUUAUGCUGGGGACAUUCAUCACAGAGUGGACGGAUGGUGCAAAGAUCUGUGAGUCGUUUCUGGCAGGCGAGGAGGAAGCCUACCGUACUGUGGCUGAGCAGCUGGCUGCAGUUACACAGUUCUAUGGUUUCGAUGGCUGGCUGGUCAACAUUGAGAACUCUUUGAGUGUGACGGCUGCACAGAAUAUGCCCCGCUUCUUGCGAUACCUGACGGACCAGGUGCAUCAAGCUGUUCCAGGAGGAAAGGUGCUGUGGUAUGACAGUGUCUUGAAGAGUGGAGAGCUCAGGUGGCAGAAUGAACUCAAUGAUAACAACCAGGUUUACUUUGAUGCUUGUGAUGGUUUCUUUACUAACUACAACUGGAAGGACGAGCAACUGCUGCAGACGAGAGAGAUGGCAGGCGAGCGUCAGUGUGACAUCUACGUGGGGGUGGAUGUGUUCGGCCGUGGUGAUGUUGUGAGUGGCGGCUUUGAUUCCAACAAGUCUCUGCGCCUGAUUCGUCAUCAUGGCCUUUCUGUGGCCAUCUUUGCACCUGGCUGGGUGUAUGAGCACUUGGGCCCGACGGACUUCCUGCACAACGAGAACAAAUUCUGGGGCCUGCUAUCUGAAUGGCUGCCCACUCAUGGUGUUGGCUCCCUUCCCUUUGGCACUAGCUUCAGUCUAGGCAUGGGUAAGAAGCACUUCAACAAGGGUCAGGAAAAUGGGACCAAGCCCUGGUACAACUUGAGUGCUCAGGAGGCCCAGCCCCUGUACACCAGCCACCGCCUGCCUACCGGGGGCUGGCUGAGGACCCGCUGCUGCUUGCAGGAUGCCUGGUGUGGGGGUAGUUCCCUUCUGCUGGAGGGGGCAAUCCCACCCAGUGCCAAUCACAUCACAGCAAGGCUGUUUUCCUUUCAGGUGCCGGCACCUCGUAAACUGUACCUUGUUUUAAUUUAUAAACACGAAGGCCCAUCUCGAGCAGUGACAAUUGUACCGGAAUUGACAACACAGGAGUCACACACUUGUUAUACCCUUGAUGUGUUCGCUCGGCCUGAUGCAACUCGGCAUAAGCCCUCACUUCUUCUGGCGCCUCCUUUCCAGCUGGCCCAGUUACUGAGAGGGUGUGGACAACAUGGGGAUCGUGGUUGGCAGGGUCGAUGCUAUGAGCUGGAGCUCCAGAACUGUGUCUUGAGUGAACUUUCGAUUGCUGUCUCCCGUCAGCACAGUGGCCAGGAUGAAGUGCCCUUCACCUACCGCCUGGGAGAGAUCUGGGUGACGGAUGCUGCCCACCUACGCUCAUCACUAUCCACUGCUGCCGCCAGCCCAACCUCACCCAUUGAAGUGGCCCACGUCCAGUGGCAUCGCCUUUCCUCGGAGGAGCUCUCUCUCAGCCUGACCUUGCAGUGGACCUAUCCUCCUAGCGAGGCCAAGUGCUUUCGUGUGCACUACCGGAGUGGGUCAUGUGAUCACGAUCCUGAACCUCCUCUGCUCCUGAUUGGGGAAGCUCACGCGCCCUUGUACCGUGUAACUGAUCUGAGGGUGCCUAAGGCUCAGUCUGAGGCUUCCUGCCGCUUGGAGUUCCUUGUGGAACCCGUGCCCCAUGCUGGGGUCCAGGUAGCGGCGGCCCUAUGGGGGAAAAUGUUCUUUGUAUACUCUGACCCAAAGCUACCCAGCACAGGCGGCAGUUCUGAUGGCUGGUAAGUCAGUGUAACUCUUUUUAAAUUUUUGAGACUGGGUGGGUCAGAUCCCAGAGCUGUGAUAUUAAGUGCACUCACACUAGUAUUCCUGUUCUCAGGCUUUAGAAAUGCAACUGUCUGGCACUGACGUCAGGUACCCCAAAGGUACCUUUCGAUCAUGUCAGUGUUCCGGUGCUAUAGUUAUCCUAUACCAGAAGUGAGAUUUUGGGGGAAAUAAACCCUG